GUACGAGCCGUCGAGAAAACAUGCGUUUGUUGUCGGUAUCAAUCGGUGAGUCGUCGACAAGGUUAACUCCAGUCUCCAGUUCCCGAUCAGUCGUUCGCUCGGACGACUCAUCUUUGACGUGCCUCCUCCAGCAGUUCAUCGCCUCCUAGCAGAUCGUCACAAUGGCGCAACUGAUAAAUAUCGCAGCGAGAUGCGAGAAAAUAGGAUUAACAAGGUCAUACAGUUCGUCGGUUCCGAUUGUCAAAAUGUUCAUCGAUGGACAAUUUGUUGAUUCGAAAAGUACGGAGUACACGGAGGUGCAUGAUCCAGCAACUAAUAAGCUGAUAUGCUGUACACCAAAGAGCACAUUAACUGAAAUGGAGGAUGCUGUGACUAGUGCUAAGAAAGCCUUCAGUACCUGGCGGCAUAGUAGUGUCUUAACGAGACAGACGCUCAUGCUCAGGUACCAGGGACUUAUACGCGAACAUUCGAAAGAUCUUGCGGCUAACCUGGUGCAAGAGAAUGGAAAGACGAUGGCUGACGCUGAAGGAGACGUAUUGCGAGGCCUACAAAUUAUCGAUAUGUGUGCUGGUAUUCCAAAUUUUUUACUGGGUGAGUCUAUGAAUAAUAUUGCCACGGACAUGGAUACGAUUUCCUACAAAGUACCACUUGGUGUGACGGGUUCCAUCUGUCCCUUCAAUUUUCCCGCAAUGGUUCCACUCUGGACAUUUCCCAUCAGUAUAGCAUGCGGGAACGCCACUAUUGUCAAGCCCUCGGAAAGGGUGCCCGGUGCUUCGAUGAUACUCGCUGACCUCUUCAGCAAAGCUGGCGCACCACCAGGUCUUCUUAACGUCAUCCACGGUCAACGCGAGGCCGUUAACUUCAUCUGUGAUCAUCCGGAUAUCAAAGCUGUAUCUUUCGUUGGUUCAGAUCAAGCUGGAAAAUAUAUAUACGAGAGAAGUAGCGCACGUGGAAAGCGCGUUCAAUGCAAUAAUGGAGCAAAGAACCAUUGUAUAGUUAUGCCCGACGCAAACAAGAACAAAAGUAUUUCGCAGAUUGUCGGUGCAGCGUUUGGUGCUGCCGGUCAGCGAUGCAUGGCAUUAUCAGUCGCCGUUUUCGUCGGCAACUCCAAGCAUUGGAUUACCGAUAUUGUAGAAGCUGCUAAACGUCUCAAUGUCAACGCUGGUCAUGUGCCGAGUGCUGAUUUCGGACCCGUUAUAUCUCCGCAAUCAAAAAGUCGAAUUUUAGAAUUGGUCGAGUCUGGUGUAAAUGAUGGUGCUGGACUACCGCUCGAUGGUCGCGCAAUCAAAGUUCCUGGUUACGAGAAUGGAAAUUUCGUCGGACCUACUGUUAUCACGCGAGUCCAGCCUCAUAUGAGAUGUUAUAAGGAAGAAAUAUUUGGACCUGUUUUAUUAUGCAUGGAAGCUGGCUCGUUAGACGAAGCUAUACAAUUAAUAAAUAAUAAUCCAUAUGGAAAUGGAACGGCCAUUUUUACAACAAAUGGAGCUACUGCAAGACGUUUUACCGAACUCAUUGAAGCUGGGCAAAUAGGCAUUAAUGUUCCCAUUCCAGUUCCAUUACCAAUGUUUAGCUUCACUGGAAAUAAAAAAUCCUUUUUCGGCGAUAACAACUUUUAUGGCAAAUCCGGAAUUAAUUUCCAUACACAAACAAAAACCAUUACGCAACUGUGGCGUGCCGGAGAUGCUACUGAUAUUUCAACUGCAACAACUAUGCCAACCAUGCAGUAAAUGUGUACUGCUGCAUUGACAAUUGGAAAGUGAAACUUCCUAUUUAUUUGAAACUUUCGCUACAAUCAACAUGAAAUAAUUUAAACAAAAAAUUUUCUACCUCAUUUGAAGAGAUAAUUAACAAUGCUGGCAUUAUUAAUGUACAAAAUUAAAGUUAUUAAA